CGCCCUCAGAUCAACUAUCAGAUGGUUGCAUUUCCUCAUCAGUGCGGACCGCAGGCAGGCUUUUCCGGUCAUCCUGCGCGGUGUCCCGUUGAUCGCCGCAGCUGUAAUGAAGAGGAUGAGAAUGUCCCUGUAGCGAAUCAGCUCCAUCACCGGACUGUUGUUGAAGACUGGCCCCCCGUUUGUCUUCGGAUCUUAAGACACCGACACAAGGCUCCAUGAGUCUCCACUGUGAAGGCUAGAACACGUCCAGACUGCUGUAGUUUAUGAUCCUGACAUGAUGGGGGGUUCCCAUGGUGCCACUGAAGCCAGAGGAAGGAGCUUCAUCACUCUUCUACCUCUGGCUUUAUUGCUGCCAACAGUGCGAGUCAGUGCACAGUUAAUAGCAAGCCCUCUGGACUGCCACAAGACCUGUGUGUGCGCCAGCAACAUCGUCAGCUGCUCCAAGAUGAAUCUAACCGGUGUUCCUACUGGUCUUCUAGAAUAUACAGCUGUUCUGGACCUCAGCUUCAACAACAUCAACAGGCUGCGCGCCGAGUGGACCACUGUCCCACUCACAAGACUAAACAGUCUGCUGCUCAGCCACAACAACCUCAAUUUCCUCUCCACUGAGGCAUUUGCAUAUGUGACAAAGCUUCGUUACCUGGACCUUUCCUCAAAUUCCCUCCGCCAGCUGGACGAGUACAUCUUUGCGCCGCUGCAGUACCUGGAGGUGCUGCUGCUUUACAACAACCGCAUCUCUCAGAUAGAUCGCACUGCCUUCGCUGACCUCUUCAGCUUGCAGAGGCUCUACCUGAGCCAGAACCAGAUCUCACGCUUCCCCUUGGAGCUGGUGAAGGAGCGGAGUCGGCUGCAGACUCUUAGACUGCUGGAUGUGUCCUCGAAUCGAAUAAAGAACCUUCCCCUGCAGGAGUUUAAGGAUCUUCCCGCCUGGAUCAGGAAUCACCUGUACUUUCACAACAACCCUCUGCCCUGCAGCUGUGAGUUGCAUGACAUGGUGGCACGCUGGAACCUCCAGGACCUCAGCUCCGUCACAGACUUCAAGAAAAAUCACACUUGUGUGAUACCAGGCUCACAGAAAGAGAAAAUGGCUAUACUGGACCUGAGCAAGAACUAUUUGAACUGCAGUGAGGUCACAGUUCAGGAAAGACAAGCCUACCUGAAUGAGUACCUCGUCCUGGACUGUGACACCAGGGAGAGGGACAUGAAGAAGGAGUGGGCGCUGCCUGGAAACAUCCCAUUACCUCCAGCAGACAAGAAUGCUCUGAAGCGUAAGGAUGACAGCCUCCAGAUCGGGCCCCUGAAUGCAGACGACUCAGGGGUCUACACCUGCUAUGCCACCAGUGACACCCUCAAUGAGACGAUAUAUGUGACUGUUGUGGUGUUUAACCACACCAAGAGUGGUGGACUGGAGAGCCUAAAAACGGCCUACACCACCCUCAUAGGAUGCCUGUUCAGUAUAGUCGUAGUUUUCAUCUACCUCUAUUUAACGCCCUGCCGCUGCCCUUGUUGUCCAGGUCAGGGCCUGAAGAAAAGCGAUCCUGGAGACAGCCUCCACUCUUCAACUGUUAGCAUCUCUCAGGCACACGAGGACACGGGGCAGGACAGAGCGGAAAGCGGAGGAUUCGCAUACAGACAUGUGGCCUUCCUGCAGCCCAAGGACCAGCUAGAGCAGAACGGGAGACUGAACCCAAUAGGUGAGGAAGACGAAGAGUGGCAGGGGGACAACAGGGAGAGAAGGAGGUCUGGUGCAGAGUCUAUCAGCUCUGUGUGCUCCGAUACCCCCAUGGUGGUGUAAAAAGCCAGUGGCACAGCCUGGAGGGGAAGACAGUGAAGGCUGGGCCCGUGUGGCUGCUCCGCAGAGAUUUGUAUGCUUUGAAUGUGUGCAAGAUUCAAAAGUAAAAGCUUUAGUUAGCUCUCGCAGCUGGUGGCACUGUUACAGUAGCAUGUACUACAUAUAACAAUAAUAAUAAUAAUAAUAAUUAUCGGAGCAAUGUCUUGAUCAUAACACUACCGAAACAUUCUGACCUAAAGUAUUUGGAUGAAUGCAUUGUCUCAAUGGUCACACAGGAUUGCAAUUGUAUUUUUUAAAUGAC